AUGCCCCCAAUCCGCGACAAGUUUACAAUCCACUCCAAAGCAGUUGUUUGCCAGGAUGUCGAACUGAAGGGAGACAUCACCAUUGGCUCAGGGUCCAUCGUACACCCCAAAGCCACAAUAUUUGCUAUAGCCGGUCCUAUCGUCAUCGGAAUGGGCUGCAUAAUUGAAGAGGGCGCGAUCUUGGUCAAUAGGCGUAAAGAAGUAAUGCGUAUUGGAGAUGAUAACCUCUUUGAAAUUGGAUGCCGCAUUGAAUCGCCUUCAAUAGGAAACUUUAAUACAUUCUCAACGCGUUCAAGAGUACACCACACAGUUCGAGUAACGUCUUACUGCGUGAUUGGGGCUGGAGCGCUACUAGUCCCAACGGAAGAUCAAACACUCGAAGAUUACACAGUUAUAUAUGGCCCUGCUGCAGAACAAAGGACAUGGAGUGGGAGAGGAAAAGUGCAGGAGGCCGAUCUUAGACGAAAGCAUGCCGAGUAUUUGCGUGAAAUGCUUCCCAAGUUCAACAGAUUAAGGCGCGGUGAUGGAACAUGA